GCUGCGCGAUCACAACAGCGUUCAGAGAUGGCAGCCUUGUCAUCACCGCUGCGAGUCUGUCGGGGAAUACUGAAAGAAUUACGCGCCCUUCAAGGACCGAGUUACAAACAGUCGUUGGCCUACACCUACGUUAUGGACCAGUUUCGCAAGAAUAAGGUAACGGGAGAGCGGUACUGCCGUGCCCAGCAGGAGGCGCACCACGCCUCGCACACCUACCUGUGUUUGCUGACGUCCACCAGGAACCACAUGGCCCUGCACAACCUCUACCACGGCAAGGGAGAGCGCAGCCCGGAGGAGGUGGCCGGCCUGGUGGGGCUCAGGUUGCCCACACAGCCGGGAGGCAAAGGCUGGGAGAAGUGAGGACACAAGAGGGUCCAGCACUGGAAAGGAAAUAAACCUUAAGACUCUUCAGAAAGUAUUGUGUGUGGCUGUUUCAUCUGGCCCCUCAUGUAAAUUAAACUCCAAAGGUGUGAAAUGUGACAGAUGUGUGGCAGGCUGGAGAUGACGCCGAUGUGGACAGAUGUGACUUUUUCUCGUUUUGUGUGAAUGUAAGCUGUCUGUACCCUCCAGAUUAUCUACACUUAUGUUUGUCUGCUGCUUAAAAGCAUCAAACUAAACCACUGUAAGUACAUUUUCUUUGUUUCUGUCAUUAAAAUAUAAAUCGUUGUUACUAUUA